AUACAAUAUUUUUUCGUGGAGAAGCCCGCCGACUUGAAGGCCCUUAGGACGACAUGGAGCACGAUGAUCGGCACGUUUAGUCCAUAUCUCUUGUAUAAUUGUAUUCCCCCGCCUCUUCAGGUCACGCUUCUCAUGAUUUUUCCUCGACAAAUUUUCUCAACUAAGCCUUUUACUUCGUCUUCUUCCCCAUCUCCUCCCCCUUUUGGAAGUCCACAAACCCUUCUCAAGAGCUGCAUCAUUCCCUGCGUCCGAUCCCUUAACCUAUUCCUCUCCUUUCUCCUAAGAAGCCGAAAGUUUACUCUUCUUCUCGAGACAUUCUCUCAAUUCUCCUCCAACUCCAUUCAGAUCGAUUCUAAAACUCAUUUCUUGAUCACCCGCGCUCUCCUCAAAUCCCGCCGCUUCGAAGAGGCGCUGCAGUUCAUUUACCCCGCUGACAAUUACAAUUUUGUCGUGAAAAAGAGCUUAUGGGAUUCUCUGAUCCGCGAACUUUGCGUCGCGGGAGGCGACCCAGAGAGGUCAUUGUCUCUGUUGCACGAAUGCAUGCGAAAUCGAGGUAUUUUGCCCGCACUCAUAACUUUCCGCUCCUUGGUUUUAUCAUUCAGCUCACAGGGUAGGAUGGAGAAGGCCAUCGAAGCGCUGGAAAUAAUGACUUCUGAGGAAGUCGGAUACCCUUAUGAUAAUUUUGUCUGCAGUUCGAUAAUCUCUGGGUUUUCUAGGAUCGGGAAGUCCGAGCUUGGUUUAGGGUUCUACGAGAGAGUACAAAAGAGCCUAACUUUUCAGCCUAAUUUGAUGACUUAUACGGCUGUGGUAGAUGCAUUAUGCAGAGUAGGAAGAAUUGAUGAAGCUUCCGUUGCUGUUCAGAAGAUGGAGAAGGAUGGUAUAGUUUUAGAUGCUGUUCUUUAUACUAGCUGGAUCUGUGGAUAUUUCCGAAAAGGGCUGUUGAUGGAAGCUUUUAGGAAACAUAGGUUGAUGUCUGAAAAUGGAAUAUUACCGGAUUUGAUCAGCUAUACUUCUGUCAUUGAUGGCUUGUGUAAGGAAGGACAUUUAGAAAAGGUGAUUGGAUUGCUAAAAUAUAUGGAGAAGAGCAGGUUGAAACCAAAUUUGAUUACAUAUACAUGUAUUAUAAGAGGUUUCUGCAAGAGAUACAAGAUGGAGGAUGCAUUCUUCAUUUUCAGGAAAAUGGAAGAAUUGAAUAUUGUUGCAGAUGAGUUUGUCUAUUCAGUUUUGAUUGAUGGGUUUUGUGUUAUUGGGAAAUUAGAUGAAGUUUUUGAAUUACUAGAAGAAAUGGGCAGAAAGGGGAUUAAAGCGACUGCUAUGACAUACAAUACAGUGGUCAAUGGCUUGUGUAAAGCUGGAAAAACGUGCAAGGCAGAUGAGAUAUCUAGAAACUGUGUUGGUGAUAAUUUUACAUAUAGCACCCUGUUGCAUGGUUAUAUGAUGGAAAAGGAUGCACGAGGAGUGUCUGACACAAAGAAGAGAUUGGAGCAGGCUGGAAUUUCUUAUGAUGUAGUUACAGUCAAUAUACUCAUUAAAGCUCUCUUCAUUUCAGGCAUGGUUGAUGAUGCUUGUUCUCUUUUCCAAGAAAUGCGAGAUAAAUAUCUUAUUGCAGAUUCCUCUAUGUAUUGCACAAUGGUGGAUUGUUACUGUAAACAUGGAAUGUCUGGCAGGGCGGUUGAGGUAUUUAUGGAUUACAAAAGUACUCCUGCAUUUGUAAACGAUGCAUGUCAUAACUGUAUGAUUGUGGAACUUUGCAAAGAAGAAAAGUUAGAAAUGGCAACAGAACUGUUUCUGGAACUAUGUCAAAAAAAUUUUGUUGCAGAUACUAUUACUUAUAGAAAGUUGAUGAAGGCCAAAUUUGAAGAUGGUAAUUGGGAGGCAGUUCUGAAAUUGAUCUCAAGGGUUGAAAGGUGUAAUUCUGAAAUACUGUCUUCCAUAUGCAAUGAUUCUGUUUCUUUCUUAUGCAAUAGGCAGUGUUUUCCAGCUGCAUUGGAAGUUUACAUCUUGAUGAGAUUGAAAGGUUUGACAGUUUGGAGUAAAUCAUACUAUAUUCUCCUGAAGAACCUUAUAAAUAGUGGAAAUGGUUUGAUCAUUGAACUGAUUUUCUGUGACUAUAUAAAGGCCUGCGGGGUUUUUGAGCCUCGGAUAGUAAACAUUAUCUGUCUUUACCUUUGCAAAAAGAAUGUGGAAGAAGCGAUUCGUUUUUUACCCAGCUUGAGCAAAAGAAAUAUAUCUCUUAGUGUUAUGACGGUAGUUGUCAAUACUUUGAAGGAAAAGGGCAGAGUUGAAAAUGCACUUAAUUUUCUUUUGGAAGCAAAAGAAAGCAGCGUUGCUGCAGAUGUAGUAGUAUAUUCUAUCAUUGUGGAUGGACUUUGCAAGGCAGGCUCUCCUGAGAAGGCUUUAGAUAUUUGUUCAAGAAUGAGAAAGAAGGGUAUAUCUGCAAAUAUUGUUACCUACAACUCAGUGAUUCAUGGUCUGUGUCGUGAGGGAUGUUUAGUUGAGGCAUUCAGGAUUUUCGAUUCUCUAGAGUGCAAUGGUUUUUUUCCUACGGUUGUUACUUAUGCCACUCUUAUAGGUGCUUUAGCUGAAGAAGGUUUCCUUCAAGAUGCAAAGGAGUUGCUAGGAAGAAUGGCUGUUAAAGGCAUCUCUCCUAAUAUUCACAUUUUCAACUUGCUUAUAAAUGGAUAUUGCAGAUUUGGUCUUUUAGAGGAAGGCAUGCAAUUAUUCAAAGAUUUGACAGUGUUCUCCUUGGAACCAGAUGACCUCACUAUAAGUUCUCUUAUAUAUGGCUACUGCAUCAAAGGUGAUAUGCAAGCUGGCCUGGAUUUCUACAAUAUGUACAGAGUGAAAGGAUAUUCACCUGAUUUUUUUGGUUUUUUAAAUUUGAUUAAAGGACUUUCUGCCAAGGGAAGAAUGGAGGAAGCAAGAAGCAUUAUCAGAGACAUGCUGCAACAUAGAGAGUCUGUAGACCUCAUAAACCAAGCCGGUGAUGGUUUGAAUUUUGAAUCUUUAGCAACUGAUGUUAAGCUUGCGUGUGAAGAGGGACGAAUUAGAGAAGUCAUUAAUAUUUUAGCUGAUGUAGGUUCCAAGUUUUGCAAUUCACCGUGGUCUAAAAACUGCAAUAGAAUUAAGCAGUCCAUAGAAGCUUUCUGUACAGAUACUAAGAAAAAAGUUUGCACCGGUGGAGGCCUAACAAUGCCUGCGGCUGCCAGAAAUAUUUUGCAAUUUGGAGAAGAUGGCAUUACAGAGGGAAAACCAGUGUUUUGCAAGAACAAGAUUUCCAAUUCUGUGAUGAAUGAGUAUGAAAUUUUGUGUCAGAGCUCUCUCAAGUAUGACUUUGAGGCUUACUACUCUAUGAUUGCAACACUCUGUUCAAAAGGUGAGUUGCAAAAGGCCAAUGAUAUAGUCAAAGCAACUAUUCUGAAUUUAGGAAAGGAGCAUUAAGUCAGCUCUUUUGUAAAUUGGUUUUUAGGGCAAACACAUGUCAAAUUAGUUUGAUUUUCCACGGGCAUCAAACACUCAAGUUUUAUAAAGGGACAUGGAUUGGACACGUCAAUAUAUAUAUUAGUCCUGUUAAAGGUAAGUUGGGCUCUCUCAUAAGCAUUCAUGUAAGAUAAGAUUAUUUUUCCUCACACAUCUCUCGGGAGGUUGUCGUGACUAAACUAACUAGAGCACGUCAACUUGAUGCACUACAAAGUGAAGACCGUGUCUUAAUUUGAUUUGUUUGGAACUGUGGGUCUUAACAUCUCAAUGCUAUAAAUUAGUUCAUUUUGAUGCAAUGUCAUCUAUGUUGGUUUGUUGUAUGUUGUCAUUGUUGGGUUCCAAGUCCUGGAUGUGAAAAAUGGAGAGUCUUGUUAGAUUGUCAACGACUA